UUUUUGUUUAAAUAAUCAUCAUGGGAUGCUGCAUAUCCGUAAAGCAAUUCGAGCACACUGAAAAUAAUGAUCGACAAUUGAAACAGGAAUUUCCAAAGAAAAGGAGGCGGUCAGAGGCACACUCUCGUAAUAAGUAUGAGGACCCCGAUGAUAAACCAAAUCCAGUACAUCAAACCUACAACUUCUACUACAAUGGAAGUCCUGUUGAAUCUUACACUGUACCAGGAGAUGGCCAAAUUCCCAGAGUUCCUGUAGAUGGUCAAAAUCCCAGCGUUCUAGUAGAUGCCCAAAAUCCCAAUGCACCCAGCUUACCAAUGACUGUUCCACUUUUUAAAUAUCGACUCCUUUUAGAUGCUCUAGAAGCAACGAUGCGUGAACUUCGCAUUCUACAGAAUAGAACGGUAACAGAAACCAUACGGAUUGAAAAGUGAAAAUAGAGUGAAAACAGAACGUUAACAGAAACCAUACGGAUUUAAAAGUGAUAACAGAGUGACAGACUGUACUUACAUAAAAGCUUCAUAUGCAUAAA